GGGGCAGGAGGAGGACCUCGGCCAGGAAAAUUAUGCAUGCGUUAGGCAACCUCUGAAAGAAUGGCUGUGGAAGCUCUCCACUGUGGUUUGAGUCCACGGGGUAUCGAUCACCCUGCCCAUGCUGAAAGUUUUAAACUGCAAAUUGAAGGUGAAGGUGUUGAAUCUCAAUCCAUUAAAAACAAAAAUAUCCAGAAGGUGCUGGAGCAAAAAGGAACCCCCAAACGACUGCAGGCAGAAGCAGAGACGGCUAAGUCUGCUACUGUGAAGCUGUCAAAACCAGUGGCUCUGUGGACCCAGCAGGAUGUCUGCAAGUGGUUGAAGAAACAUUGUCCGAAUCAGUAUCAAAUCUACAGUGAGUCAUUCAAACAGCAUGACAUAACUGGGCGAGCCCUGCUGAGACUUACUGACAAAAAGCUGGAGCGGAUGGGGAUUGCCCAGGAGAACCUCCGGCAGCACAUUUUACAACAGGUGCUCCAGCUGAAGGUGCGAGAAGAAGUCAGAAACCUACAGUUACUCACACAAGCCUCAACCGAGGGUUCUCCAUAAACAUGGUGAGCCUUCCAAGCUACUGUCCGGCCAGUUGAUAUGGAAAUGUCCUGUUCCUCACUGAAAGACUAACUCAUGGCACUGCCUGAAGACGUCCUUGGAGCAUUGACAGAUUAACCGGAUUAACGGAAAAGACACCCAUUCAGUCAAGAUGAUGGGCUUUGGAAAAUCUUAGCUUGCUGAGAAGUUUAAAAUGAGGUGCAUAAUAUACAGUGCCAACUUGUUCCGAGUGGUCAUUGGCAGACCAUUAGCUGGAAAAUUGCUUCCAGUUUUCAUCACUGUGCAUAACUCAAGUUCCCUCUGGGGAGCUGUCUGUGCCCUUCACUAGAAGUCCCGUUUUAGCAUGGCAACUACUGGAUUAUUUUAUUAUGUGUGCAGAUGGCAUGAUGUUUUACAGAAAAUUACAGCAAUUCUGCGAUCUCAGUGGAAGUGUUCACAAUAUUACGCUCUGGUAGGAAUGUAAACAUGUCUCGAUUGUGUGAGUUAUGACGUCUAGAGGUAUUCUGUCCAACUCUUAAGCACUUUAUAUGCGAACAGUCCAUCAACGAAUUAGCACGUUCGGUACAUGUGAAAAAACGAGUUUUUUUCUUCUAUGAAUCUUGUUCUACUUCUGGCUCAGACUGUCCAAAACAAACUCCAUGACUAGCACAUCCCUGGUUGUUUGUGGUAGAUUGGUGAAGAUACGGCCACAAUACUGUUAGUACUGUUAGACUUAAUCUCUUGACACUUUACUGAAGAACUGGAUUCAUUGUAGCACCAAAAGGAAGUAGAAGUGGGUCUAAUGAUUGUAAUACCUUAGCCUUUGGUUCCUUGUACCUAGACAGCUGUACCACAUGCUCAUACAAAUACUCAAACACACGAGGCUGCUAUUUGGCCAACGUACGUAUUCUCUCAUUUUAAAACAGAGUUCUUUCAGAGAAAAAAAAGGGAGUGGCCUCCUUUCAGCUGGUAAGCAGAAGGUUGGAGGUGCAGGUCCACCCAGAAGCAUCUCAGAAGAAAGACCUGGUAAUCUACUUCCAAAAACAUCAGCCAUUGAUAACCCUAUGGAGCCCAGUUCUAUUCUGACACACACAGGGUUGCGAUGAGUCAGAGUCAACUUGACGGCACCUGGUUUCCUUUAGUCAAAGAGCCUGGUGGUUUGAUGGUAAGGACAGCAAAAUGCGGUUUUCCUGUGGGGUCCGACUUUAACACUUUGGAAAGAAUUUUAGGUCACGUUUAAAUCGCAACACUCUGAAGAGAAAAAACAGCAAGCGACCCCACUGUGUGCCCAGAGAAGGAAAAGAGUUCAGUUCCCUAAUGGGUUCUUUCCUCAGUAUAGACCCUACCAGUCUCCUUUUAAGCUUUUCUAGGUUUAUACCCACAACUGAUUACUUUUUUUAAUAUGUCUUACAACAAAGCACAGUCUUGGGAAAGCCAUCAACCCAGUUAUUUCUUGUCUUGGAACGUGAGAGAAAUGUCCAUAUUCACUGACCCUGUAUAAUGCUGUAGCACUUUUUUCCUGACGAUAUAAAGUUGGCUGAGGCUCAGCAAAGUAUGCUGUUUGUGCCCACUGUCCCCAUCCGCGACUGCCAGGCAUCAGAGGCUCUUCUUUAAAAUACUUCUGAGAUCCUUCCAGCACAAGCAAUCAUGGUAUUUUAGGGUGUCUCCAGACACUCAUUGUCUGCUCUCCUCACAGCUUGCCUCCCCUCAGGGUCUCAGGAAAUACACAGCCCAUGGGAAAGCUGAGACUUGGAAACCUGACAGGAAAGGGGAGAGAGAUCCAAAUGUGAUUCUGGUGAGUCGCCAGCAGGAUGACUCAUGACUCACCACAAGCCUGUCAGGCUGUAGCACCAGAGAAGGGGGCUUCCAAGAGGGAACUUGGAGAAGCUUCCAUCACCACUGAGAGCUGGCCCUUCAACAGGUCAGCACUGGGGAGCAUCAGGCUCAAGGCAGAAGACUAUGCAUGUGGUGUUUAGGAAGGCAGAUCAUAAUUUUCUACAAAUUCAGAAUUAGGAGGCCAAACUCUGGCUGACAAUGGACAUAACUCCCAGUCUCCCUUGCCCAUCUCAUGAGGUUCAAUUCAAACGCAGAAUUCAUUCAUUUCUUCAUUCAUUCCUUUCAUUAUUCAGCAAGCAUUUUUUGAGUCUACUAUGUGCCAAACAUUGUGUGAGGCAACAACAUUAUAGAAGACAGAUGCUCCUUGCCUUAUGAAACUGUAUCUCCUCCUUCCAAACACUAUCACCAACCCACCUUUUCUACAGUGAAAACAAUUCAGACAGCAUUCACCCCCAGCUAAAGUAACCUGGGAAAAUGCACAUGGCAGCAGGCAGAUCCACUGCCCAAGGGAGUAGAAGGCUGAGGAAGACGUA